AAAGAUUUUCAAUUGCCCUUUGUUCAAAAAUAAACUGAAUUUUAAUUUAGCGAUAAACUGAUCAAAUAUUUGUUGUGCAAUGUUAAGUAGAUUAUUUUGCAGAAUCCAACCAAGAAAACUUCAGUACAUUGCGGUACUCAACAGAGAUGUGUGGAAUAGGGAUGUGGCAGUGUUUCUGAAGAAUUAUGGCAGAGUUAACAGUAUUAGGAACGGAAGCAGCAGUAGCAGAAAGAAACCCGUGGUGCCGCCUCAUGGUAACAAAGCUCCCAAGUUGGGCGAGAACAGGGAGUAUUCACCGUUCCAUGAACCAGGACAGUCAACAGCAGAAUGGGUCGUAGCUAGGGCGGACGACAUCCUUAAUUGGGGCCGUAGGAAUUCUGUAUGGCCCCUCACAUUCGGCUUGGCUUGUUGCGCUCUAGAAAUGAUGCACUAUGCUGGACCAAGAUAUGACAUGGACCGCUUUGGCAUGGUUUUCCGGGGGACACCUCGUCAGACGGACGUGAUCAUUGUGGCCGGUACUGUGACUAAUAAGAUGGCUCCAGCGUUACGGAAGACUUAUGACUUGAUGCCCGAACCACGGUGGGUCGUUUCGAUGGGCAGCUGCGCUAAUGGUGGUGGAUAUUACCAUUACACAUAUUCUACCGUUCGGGGUUGCGAUAGAAUCGUACCGGUGGAUAUCUAUGUCCCAGGCUGUCCUCCAACAGCUGAAGCACUGCUAUACGGUAUGCUACAGUUACAGAAAAAGAUAAAACGUAUGAGAGUAGUACAAGUGUGGUAUCGGAACUAAAUACAUUUUAAUGUUACUUGUUAUUUAUUUUGGGUCGUAAAUAUUUUGGUAGGCAAUGUACACUGUAAUUAAUGAAAUUAUAUUUGAAGAACAACUUUAGGCAUAGACUCUUAUGACUAAUGUUACGUUUACUAAUAAAUUUCGAU